AGCGGCGGGGGACGGCGAGCCGCGGGGUCGGGGCCCGCCUCGCCACUGCCGGGCCAUGGUGCUGGCGCCCUGGGCCGCCCUGCUCGCCGCGCUGCUCGCCGCCGGGCUGGCCGCCGCGGGCAGCUCAAGAGCUCGUGAGCAGCUGGUGGCUGUGAGCCAGCCUGGGCUGUGUCGCUAUGGUUCUAGGUUGGAUUGCUGUUAUGGCUGGAGAAAGAACAACAACGGCCACUGUGAAGCUGUCUGUAGACAUGGCUGCAAGUAUGGCAAAUGCAUGGGACCAAACAAAUGCAAAUGCUUUCCUGGAUUUACAGGGAAAACCUGUAAUCAAGGUUGGUGCACAUGGUGAGACCACUCCAGAAGAUGUGAAUGAAUGUGGACUGAAACCACGUCCCUGUGAACACAGAUGUAUGAAUACCCAUGGCAGCUACAAGUGCUAUUGUCUUAACGGGUACAUGCUUAUGCCAGAUGGCAAGUGUGCAAGCUCCAGGACAUGUGCCAUAGUAAAUUGCCAAUAUGGAUGUGAAGAAGUCCAAGGGGAGGUACAGUGUCUUUGUCCAUCAGGUGGCCUUCAAUUGGGACCAAACAGAAGAACAUGCAUUGUUUACCUUCUCAUGGAUCUGACCAGCAUCUGUUCUCCUGCUCCAGAUAUUGAUGAAUGUUCCACUGGCAAAGCUCUUUGUUCUUACAACCGCAGAUGCAUCAACACGUUUGGAAGCUAUUAUUGCAAGUGUCAGCUUGGUUACGAACUGAAAUAUGUCAGUGGGCAUUACAACUGUGUAGAUGUAAAUGAAUGUGUGGCAAAUACACACAAGUGUAACAUCCAUGCAGAGUGCCUCAAUACACAGGGAUCCUUCACAUGCAAAUGUAAACAGGGCUACCGAGGAAGUGGAUUUGAUUGUUCUGUUAUCCCCGAGAAGUCAGUGAAGGAAAUUCCAAGAAUUCCUGGAGCAGUUAAGGACACAAUUAAGAAACUUCUUGCACAUAAAAAUAGUCUGAAAAAACACGAAGCAAUCAAGAAUGUGAUCCCAGAACCAGCUGUGACACCAGUUUCUAAGACCCACUUGCAGUCAUUUGACUAUGAAGGUGGUAUUUAUCUUGGUGGGAGCUAUGCUGAGGAAGAGACUGAAGUUACAAAAGAAGAAGAGACAGAGGAGACAGAAGAGGAGGAGAAGGAAGAUGUUGAGAAUCAGAUUGACCACGAGCAAAGCCUUAGAGGAGAUGUCUUUUUUCCCAAGGUUGAAGAAGCAGCCGCCUUUGGUCCUCUUCUGGCACAGAAGAAAGUUCCAGUAUCAAGAGCAGAGCAAGAAGUUGAUUGCAGCUUCAGUCAGGGGGUGUGCGACUGGAAACAAGAUACUGAUGAUGACUUUGACUGGAAUCUUGCUGAUCGAGAUAGUGGUGAUGGUUACUACAUGGCAGUUCCAGCCUUUGUGGGGCACAAGAAGGAUAUGGGCCGUCUAAAACUUCUCCUUACUGACCUCAAACCAAAGAGCAGCUACUGCUUGAUUUUCAGUUAUCGGCUUGCUGGUGAAAGAGUGGGGAAACUUCGAGUGUUCCUGGCCAGCAGAAAAACUGCUCCUGUCUGGGAGCAAAGCAAAGGAAAAGAUGAAAGGUGGAGAACUGGAAAAAUAGAAAUAUUUCAGGGAGCCGAAACAACCAACAGUAUCACUUUUGAAUCAGAACGUGGGAAGGGCAAAACUGGAGAAAUUGGAGUGGACAAUGUUAUACUAGCUUCUGGUCUAUGCUCCGAAGAUACCUGAUAAUGGAGAUUUCAGUAUGUUGAUUUUAAUCCUAUUUUAAUAUUUGCCUAACUAGACAUGCAUUUUUUAUCAUUCUCUAGAUAAAAAAAAACAAAAAAAAACAAAAACAGAAACUCUCUUCAACUUAAUGAAGCAAUGCAAACAGAAAAACUGACAUGUGCAAGAUGCAGAAUAUCCCUAUUGGUAUACCUUUUUAUAUGAAUUAUUCUAAUACAUGCUUUGAGUGUAGUACUACUGUAUUUUAUCAUUCAAGGUCAGGGUUUAUAAAGUAUUGAAAUACUUUUCUAGCCUUUCUACAAUUGGUAGGCUUUUAUUCCUUGAAGUUCUUCUCAAGACUAUUCUUUAGUCUUCUACUUCAUUUCUUCUACUUCACAAGAAUAUAAAGCAAUACUUCAGAUGUUGUUACCAUGUUAGGUGAUGUAACUUUAACUUCCUACUUAGUGUGUAGAUAUUAAAUCUAUUCAACAAGUAAGAGGAAAGAGAAGAGGUUUUCUUCCUCCUCAGUGGAGAUAAACAAGUUCUAAGUGGAGUUAUGUCUUUUAGAUGUAUUUUCAUUGUUAAUAAAGUAUAUAAAAUA